AUGAGAACGUUUGAAACGACUGUUCGCUAUUUCGACGCAAGAUUAUCUUACAUACCUCUUGAGUUAGUUCUUGGAUUUUUCUGUACGGCUGUCAUUAAUAGAUGGACUAAGUGGUAUCAAACUAUUGGAUUCAUUGAUAAUGUUGGUUUGAUGACAGCCUUAUACUUGCGCGGAACAUGCGAACGUGCUCGUUUGUACCGAAGGAACAUAAUUAGAUAUUGCGAAUUAGUUCAAGUGUUGGUGUUCCGAGACAUUUCUAUGCGAACAAGACGAAGGUUUCCAACUUUGGAUACUGUUGUCGCUGCAGGUUUUCUUUUGCCCCAAGAGAAAGAAUUACUCGACGAGUACGAUGAUCACGGAAAAACGCCGAAGUAUUGGGUACCUGCAAACUGGGCCCUAUCCAUGACGUACAAAGCUUGGAAACAAGGUCAUAUAGAGAGUGAUUACUUUAAGGCAGCCUUGGAGAAGGAAAUAAGAACCUUCCGAGAACAAAUCGAAUGGGUUUUCAAUUAUGACUGGGUCCCCAUGCCGUUGAUGUAUCCACAAGUUGUGUGUCUUGCAGUUCAUCUUCACUUCAUGGUUGCACUUAUUGCCAAACAAUAUAUUGUUGAAGAACACCAGGAAACGGAUAAGAUUGAUGCUUACUUUCCAUUCAUGACAUUUCUUCAAUUUGUUUUCUAUAUGGGAUGGAUGAAGGUUAUUGAAGUUUGCAUUAAUCCUUUUGGUGAGGAUGACGAUGAUUUUGAGACAAACGCUUUGAUUGACCGCAACAUUACGAUGGGUAUGAUGAUUGUUGAUCGUGGAUACAAUCGUCCACCAGAAAUGCAAAAAGAUCCCUUCUGGGAAGAUGAUAACGUUCAUCCUCUUUAUUCUGAGGAAACUUCUAAAACUAGGAACUAUCCUCCGCAGGGAUCUGUCAGUCACAUCAAAUUGCCUUCAAAUACACAAGAAGUGGUAAUGAUGCCUCACAGUAGCUCGAUGAACAAAUCCUUAGGUGGAAAGGUAGAUGUCGAAACACCAGAAGUAAGAUCUUCAUGUAGGAGGAACACAGUGAGAGUCAAAGAAGAUGAGCGGGAACCGAAUCGCCCACGAAGACAAAACUCUUAUCUAGAGAGUUUUCGGUCUAUCUUAGACAAAUAA